GUUGUUCCCAAAAGCGAAGAAGACAGGAAGAGAGAAUAGCUAAGGAGCAAGCGAGGAUGGUUGAAGUAUCGCUUUCCCGCUUCAAGCCGUCACAGGGCGUGGUAAGCAACCACACGCUGUUCCUAACACCGCGCACACACUCAAGGCUUGAUCUCAUCUGCAUCUGCUCCUCUCUGUCUUUCCUCUUUGCAGUGAUUCUUUCUUGUGGCUGUAGCCGUGCAGGGCACGACAAUGCGGACCGACGCCAUGGGUACGGAGUCGGUGGACCACGAUGUGCUGCGGCAGAUGAUCCGGGGCGACGUGAUGGAGGGCGCUGUGCGUGUUGUGAGGGUCACCGGUGCUGGCGAGGAUGAAAUCACGUACGUGAGCCACUGUGGGUGUGCACGCGGAAGAGAGUUCCUUCCUCCUUCCUGUGUAAGUGCUCUGUGGGUCCUUCUCUCUGUCAGUGUCAUUGCCAACGAUGACGAGUCGAGCCGCAAGGUGGUGCUUGAUGCCAGGGGGGUGCAGGGCGGCCAGGGGGUCGGCAGAUGGGAUGUGGUGCGCAUCAGCCAAGUGACACUGCGGAACCGACCGGAACACGGGUGUGUGUGACUGACGUGAGAGGGAGGAUGGGAGGGAGGGAGGGAGGGAGGGAGGGAGGGAAGACCUACACAAAGCGGCAAUUGUGUGGAUUCUCCUGUGUGUGUGUCUGCAGAGGUGUCCACCUGUUCGCCCGUGCGUGUGAGCGGCUCUCGUCAGGGCAGCCCCAGCCGGCCUCCAUGGCGGCCAGCCCUUCCCCUCCCCCCACCCCCGCCCCACGACGCACUCUCGCACACACGCCGCAGCUGAGGACACCACCCGCUGCAGCAGCAUCAGCAUCAGCAUCAGCAUCAGCAUCACGGCCGGCACGGAUGACGGGCGGCGGUGGCCUGCUGCAGCGCAUUAUCAGGGGGGAGCUAACGGAGGGCACUGUGCGUGUGGUCAACACGCAGCCGAGCCAGGAACAGAACGAGAUCGUGUAAGCGCGCUGAGGGGUCGGCCUUGGCGCGAGUGGACGUCUGUGUGGGGGCUUGUUUCACGCAGGUUGAUAGUGAAUGAUGGCGAUUCGUCUCGUAAGGUCGUUCUCGACGCGAGUGGCUUGGACGAUGGGGGCCGGGUCAUUGCGAGAGGUGACCACCUGCACAUCAGCCAGGUCUGCCUGCGCGAAGACGCGGCACACGGGUACCCAAGAAGACACACAUCCACAUUACACUCAGGUGGCGGACCACUCACCACUUGUGUGUGUGGGCGUGUCUACUCAGGAAACACCUAUUCGCCGCCGUCUCGAGACGACAGGCGCCCCCAACAGGGCCCUCCAUCCCCGCACCGUCCCAGCCAUCAGCACGACCACGACCAGCCCGGAUGACCAUGGGCGCGUCACCUGCAGCUCCGGCUACCCCGGGUCCCUCCCAGCCAUCAGCACCAGCGCGAGCGGGGCGGAUGAGCGUUAGUCCUCCGCGAUUAUCUUUGACGCCUGGAGCGGCAUCAUCUCAAGAGGACCCCGCCGCCGGCUGCUGA